AUUUUUUGAGGUAUUAGGAUUGCACGUUCUGUCAGAAUCUAUCUGUGGAGAAAUUGGCUCGAUGUUUAUGGUUAUAUUCACUCAUGCCUGAACUCCUUUUUCAAGUUUUUUUUCCAUAUUUCUCCUAUUGUUGUCGAGAAAACGAUACAUUAUUAACUUACUUCUGGUUACUAAUAGAUAGACUAGACAGGAAAGGCAGAGAGACAUCAUUUAUGCUGAGAACACACUGAAGGAUCUGCCUUAAAAUGUCUGUUUAAGAACUUAUGGAACAAAAAGACAGGAAUAACAGGCAGGAAUAAGUUGCCAAACUGGCAGAAACAGGCAGGAAUAAACUACCAAACCAGAUGCAGCCCCCAAGGAUAGUGUUGCUACUGAUGGUUUCAACAGCAAAUGUGUCACUAAUUUUUCAAGAGGAUUCUACGGGAAAUCGAAGGACUUGCAGACCUGGAAUUUUGACCACCAAGAGGUGAAUUAAUAGAAAAUGUAGCAAGAUAUAAGGACUGCAGCACUAAAAACAAAACACCAGCUUUUUGGAUCUCGCAUAAGAAAGUGGUGACAAACCAGAAGAACAAUUGCACGUGAUGUAGUUGCCUCAGGUCCAUGCAGUGGGCUGAAUCUUUCUGAACUAUGCCAAGAAAAAGAAAGCUGUUGGCUCAAUUAAGUGCUCUUCAAAACACCACCAGCUUCCCUCAGAUCUGUGCUGUGGAGCAGCUGAACACUACACCUGGAGCAAAUCCUUCUCCUAAAAGCAGUAAAUAUUUUGUGAUAGAGAAAGAAAAAUCUGCUCAGCUACAAGAAGAUUUUUUCAACCAGCCCUGUGUUAAUCUGGCCAAGUCCUUUCUGGGACAGAUUUUAGUUCGCAAACUUCCUGAUGGCAGAGAGCUCUGGGGCAGGAUUGUUGAAACAGAAGCUUAUCUGGGUGGGGAAGAUGAAGCUUCCCACUCGAAAGGUGGGAAGCAAACACAACGAAACGCAGCAAUGUUCAUGAAGCCAGGAACUCUGUACGUGUAUCAGAUCUACGGGAUUUAUUUCUGCAUGAAUGUUUCCAGCCAAGGAGACGGGGCUGCAGUGCUGCUGCGUUCCUUGGAGCCUCUGCAGGGCUUGGAUGCCAUGAGGGAGCUGCGCAGGGCCUCCAGGAAAGCACCCAGCAGGCUGCUCAAGGACUGGCAGCUCUGCAAUGGGCCCUCCAAGCUCUGCCAGGCGUUCGGCAUCGACAAGGCUUUUGACCAAAGGGACCUGACUCAGGAUGCUGCCAUCUGGAUGGUGCCUGGACAGGACCUGCCAGGGGAGCAGGACGUGGUGGCCACCACCAGGAUUGGCAUUGGCAACAGGGGAGAGUGGGCACAGAAACCACUCAGGUUUUACUUACGAGGAAACAGAUUUGUGAGUGUUGUAGACAAGAAAAUGGAGAGAGAGAUGGCAGCAAGGGGACACUCCCCUGGCAGCUGACAAGACUUGCAAGUGUCCCCGGGACCAGGACUUGAGCUGUGCUCUGUACAAUGGCCUCAAGCUGCAUCAUGGCAGAUAGAGGGGCCUGGGGGGUUUUUAACAAUAAAUGUACUUUGUCACAAUGGGAAA